CUCCCAGGUUCCGGAAGACAGACAGCCCUGCCGUUUGGAGUGGGACAGAAGGAUGCUCUGUGUAGAAUGCACCAGAAGGGCGCCUGGGUGGCUCAGUCGGUUCAGUGCCCGGCGUUUGAUUUCGGCUCGGAUCUUGUGUGGAAGCCAAACCUGGUCAUCUUUUUGGAGCAAGAGAAGGAGCUCUGGGGUAUGAAGAGAAAGAAGAGAGUAGCCAUCCACCCAGCUGUAUCUUCACAUGGCACCCAGAGUUUCCUGCCAAAGCUGUGCAUAGAAGCUUCUUUCCAAAACGUGGCAGUGGGUAGAUAUAAACAUAGUGCCCUUGAGAAUUUACACUUAAUGAUAGACUGGAAAAAUGAUGGGGAAAGUGAAGAGCAUCAAAGAUAUCAUGAAGGACAUAACCAAACUGAGACAACUGUCCGUAAUAUGAAUCUGACUGCCCAAAAUGGUGAAGGAUAUAAAACACUUUGGAAAACAUCCCUUCUUAAGUCUGCUACUUCUGCAAAGCAGUGUCUUUCUGUAAGCAAGGGCUCAGAUCAAAUGGUCAAACAUACACAUCUGGAGAAUGAAAAUUUGGAAAAUCUGGAAAGUUGCUUAGUCCAUGCUGAAAAUAAUUAUUUGAACCAUUUUGAAAGUAGGAUUGGAUUGACUGAGUCAAAUAUUUCUGAAAAUCAGAGAUUUAAAAAUGAAGAACAAAGUGCUCAGUGGGAUCCAUUGGAGAGGUCCUUCACGGAGGAGUCAACACUACAAGAUGACCAGAACAUUGCUCAGUGUGGUGAAUCCGAGAACAGAUUUAACGAGGGUUCAAAUGUUAAUAAAGAUGUGAGGACUCAUUUUCCAGAGAAUCAUUAUGAAUGUGACAAAUGUGUGGAAGUCUCUUACCAAAGCCCCAACCUGAUUAUUCAUAAGAAUAUCCCUAUGGGAGAGAAUCCUUGUAAAUACAAUGAAUGUGGGAAAUCUGUUAACCAGUCCUCCACUGUGGGUGAUUAUCAAAGAAUUCACAUGGAAAAAAAUUUACACAGAUAUAAUAAAACAGGAAACAUGUUGAGCCAAUCAUCAGGACUAAACAUACAUAACACAGUCACUACUGGACAGAAAACUUACAUUUGUGAGGAAUGUGGUAAAGCCUUUGACUGGCACACAACACUAUCUCAACAUCAGCCAAUGCGUACUGGAGAGAAACCUUACAAAUGUGAAGAAUGUAGCAAGGUCUUUAUCCACAAUUCACACCUUAAUCAACAUGACAGAAUUCAUCCUGGAGAGAAACCUUACCAAUGUGAAGAAUGUGGAAAGGCCUUUAACCAGCACUCAAUGCUUACUCGACAUCAAAGAAUUCAUACUGGAGAGAAACCUUACCAAUGUGAAGAAUGUGGAAAGGCCUUUAACCAGCACUCAAACCUUAUUCAGCAUCACAGAAUUCAUACUGGAGAGAAACCUUACCAAUGUAAAGAAUGUGGCCAGGCCUUUAACCAUCACUCAAGCCUUACUCAACAUCACAGAAUUCACAGUGGUGAAAAACCUUACAUAUGUAAAGAAUGUGGUCAGUCCUUUAACCAGCACUCUAACCUUACUCGACAUCACAGAAUUCAUAGUGGAGAGAAACCUUACCAAUGUAAAGAAUGUGGCCAGGCCUUUAACCAGCACUCAAAGCUUACUGAACAUCUCAGAAUUCAUACUGGAGAGAAACCUUACAUAUGUAAAGAAUGUGGUCAGGCCUUUAACCGUCACUCACACCUGACUCGACAUCACAGAAUUCACAGUGGAGAGAAACCUUACCAAUGUCAAGAAUGUGGUAAGGCCUUUAACCAGCAAUCAAAGCUUACUGAACAUCACAGAAUUCAUACUGGAGAGAAACCUUAUAUAUGUAAAGAAUGUGGCCAGGCCUUUAACCGGCACUCACACCUGACUCGGCAUCACAGAAUUCAUAGUGGAGAGAAACCUUACAUAUGUAAAGAAUGUGGUGACACCUUUAUCCAGCACUCACACCUGACUAGACAUCACAGAAUUCAUACUUGAAGGAAUCCUAACCAAAAUAAAGAACGUGUCAAGGCCUUUAAGCAAUGCUAAAGUCUGACUUGAUCAGAGAAUGUAUACUGGAAAAGGUUUUGCAAACAUAAUGAAUUUGGCAAGCCCUUUAAUCAGAAGUCAAGCUUUAUUGAACAUCAGAGAAUUCAUAUUGGAGAAAAAAACUUAGAAAUGUGUGGUGAAGACCCCGAUGGACGCAGCGACAUACUGAGGACCAGCAUCGCCCUGUUCAAUGUUGGCGGGAGCUCACGCCUGGAAGAUGGAAAUGGGGUUUCCAUUGAUGACAAGUUUCCUGUUCUCAGCCUUGACUAUGCCGUGAAAUUUGCCGUGGGUGGAGUCAUACGGAAUAUAAAUCUAGAGGACAAGGUGAACGACGAAGAAAUGGCCAGUUCUCAGGGACUGCUGACAUUCAGGGAUGUGGCCAUAGAAUUCUCUCAGGAGGAGUGGGGAUUCCUGAACCACACUCAGCGGGAACUGUACAGGGAUGUGAUGUUAGAGAACUACGGACACCUCCUCUUCUUGGGUCUUAUUGUGUGGAAGCCAGACCUGGUCAUCUUUUUGGAGCAAGAGAAGCAACUCUGGGAUGUGAGGAGAAAGGAAACAGUAGCCUUCCAUCCAGCUGUAUCUUCACAUGGCACCCAGAGUUUCCUGCCAAAGCUGUGCAUAGAAGCUUCUUUCCAAAACGUGGCAGUGGGUAGAUAUAAACAUAGUGCCCUUGAGGAUUUACCCUUAAUGAUAGACUGGAAAAAUGAUGGGGAGAGUAAAGGGCAUCAAAGAUAUCAUGAAGGACAUAUCCAAACUGAGACAACUGUCCGUAAUAUGAAUCUGACUGCCCAAAAUGGUGAAGGAUAUAAAACACCUUGGAAAACAUCCCUUCUUAAUCCUGCUUCUUCUGCAAAGCAGUGUCUUUCUGUAAGCAAGGGCUCAGAUCAAGUGGUCAAACAUACAUAUCUGGAGAAUGAAAAUUUGGAAAAUCUGGAAAGUUACCUAGUCCCUGCUAAAAGUAAUUAUUUGAACCAUUUUGAAAGUAGGAUUGGAUUGACCCUUGACUCAAAUAUUUCUGAAGCCCAGAGAUUUAAAACCGAAGAACAAACUACUAUGUGGGAUCCGUUUGAAAGGUCCUUCACCGAGCAGCUAACUCUCCAGAAUUACCAGAACAUAUUCGAUGAAAACGGAAUUGUUCAAUACAGUGAAUCUGAGAGAAAAUUUAACCUGGGUUCAAAUAUUAAUAUAUGUCUGAGGACUCAUUUUCCAGAGAAUCGUUAUAACUUCGAUAAAUUUGAGGAAGUCCUUUUUCAAAGCUCCAACCUUAUUGUAUAUAAGAGUAUGCCUAUGGGACAGAAUCCUUAUAAAUACCAUGAAUUUGGGAAAUCUGUUAACCAGUCCUCCAGUGUUGGUGAUUAUCAGAGAAUUCACAUGGAAAAAAACUCAUACAGAUGUAAUAAACCUGGGAACAUGUUUAGUCAAGCCUCGGGACUAAAUAUACAUAAUACAGUUGGCACUGGACAGGAAAGUUACAUUUGUGAGGAAUGUGGCAAAGCCUUCGACUGGCACUCAACACUAUCUCAACAUCAGCCAAUGCAUAUUGGAGAGAAACCUUACCAGUGUGGACAGUGUGGCAAGGCCUUUAACCAGAACUCAAUGCUUACUCGACAUCAAAGAAUUCAUACUGGAGAGAAACCUUACCAAUGUGAACAAUGUGGCAAGGCCUUUAACCAGCACUCAAACCUUACUCAGCAUCACAGAAUUCAUACUGGAGAGAAACCUUACAAAUGUAAAGAAUGUGGCCAGGCCUUUAACCAUCACUCAAGCCUUACUCAGCAUCACAGAAUUCACAGUGGUGAAAAACCUUACAUAUGUAAAGAAUGUGGCAAAGCCUUUAACCUACACUCAAAUCUUACUCAACAUCACAGAAUUCAUACUGGAGAGAAACCUUACAUAUGUAAAGAAUGUGGAAAGGCCUUUAAUCGGCACUCAUACCUUGUUCGACAUCAUAGAAUUCAUACUGGAGAGAGACCUUUUGUGUGCAAAGAAUGUGGAAAGGCCUUUAACCAACACUCAAAGCUUACUGAACAUCACAGAAUUCAUACUGGAGAGAGACCUUUCGUAUGCAAAGAUUGUGGAAAGGCCUUUAACCGGCACUCACACCUAACUCGGCAUUACAGAAUUCAUACUGGAGAGAGACCUUACAUAUGUAAGGAAUGUGGCCACGCUUUUAUCCAGCACUCACACCUGCGUCAACAUCACAGAACUCAUACUUGAGGUCAGAAACCUUACCCAAGUAAAGAAUAUGGGAAGGCCUUUCAUCAUAGUUCAACCUUUACUCAUUACGACGGAAUUCACAGUGGAGCCAACAUUACAAAUGUAAAGAACGUGAGAAAACGUUUAAGGACGACUCACCCCUUACUCCACAUCAGAGAAUUCAUAUUGGAGAGGAACCGUGAAAUUGUUAAGAAUGUGGCAAGGCCUUUAUGCAAUGUUAAACCCCGAUUCCUCAUCAGAGAAUGUAUGCUGGAGUAUAUUUUGCAAAUAUAAAGAAUUUGGCAUGGUCUUUAAUAAGAGGUCAAGCCGCAUUCAACAUCUCAGAAUUCACACUGAGGAAAAAGUUAUAAAUGUAAAGAACAUGGGCAAACUUAAGCUGCUCAACCCUUUUCCGUAUCUCAGAGUUUAUACUGAGGAGAAAGAUUACAAUACAAGGGGUGUGUCAAGCCUCUAGCCGGAACUCACAGCCUACUCAAUUAUCAUACAGGAUAGAAACUGUGAAAUGCAGACAAAGUUGCAGUGCCUUUAACUGGAAUUCAAUCUAUACUCCAUAUCCCCAAAUGCAUCCUAUGAAAACCUAGAAACAUCAUGACUGAGGAAAGACCUUCAUUUUAAAUAUUCACUGUAGCAAACACCAGAGAGUGCAUACACGAAAGUAACUUGAAAGAUGUAAAUAUUUAGAAAUGUAUGUAAGUGAACAUCAAAUGUCAAUAAAUAUCACAGAAAUCGAGUA